CAUGUGUAUAUUGUGCAUGACACGUAGAUAUUGCUUUGGUCAUAGCUCCAUGCUUGGAUCAUGCUCUGAUCCAGGAGUAGUCAAAGUGAGCUCAUUUUCAUCGGAAUUUCACCUACUUAUUUAAUAGUUUUCAUCAAAUACUGGCAAUUCAUUUUAUUGAGCACCUGAACUUGUUGAUUGCAUUUCUUCCAUUUGCCAGACUGUGAUGUUUUCUAUGCAUUCUGUGGUAAAGGAUAAAUGUUGAAGGAGUGUUUGACUUUAUCUCAAAGGAAAUUACAAAGUCUUUUUUCAUCAGUACGUUGUUCUUGAUAUAAUUCAAGGUGCCAUGCGAUUUGGACAGGAUGGAGAUGCUUAUGCAUCAUUGCUUAUGAACCAGGGAAGCGGUCUGAAGCGCAGUCCCAGUCAGAAAGAGUUCCAGUCACAGGCAAGAAGAGAUGCAGAGCAUCACUUAGCCCAAGAGAUGGACAGGUUAUUAGAUACCUGUCCCGAAGAAAGCAAAGCUGCUAUAGGGAAAAAUUUUGAAGGCUACAAACAAUUGUUUGCUCAGUUUCUUGAGGAAGCAGGAACAGGAGCGGCUGUGGAAUGGGAUGACAUUCAACCACCACCAUCAGAUGCUGUGAUUGCAUAUAAUGAGUUACCUAGCUACGACCCAGCUUUUGCUCGUGAGUACUUGGAUAAGUUGGUAGUGAUCAAACUGAAUGGUGGUCUAGGUACCAGCAUGGGAUGCCAAGGACCAAAGAGUGUCAUCAGUGUCAGAAAUGAACUUACGUUUCUUGACUUGACUGUCCGCCAAAUUGAGCACCUGAACAAAACACAUGGCUGCAAUGUACCUUUAGUGCUGAUGAACUCCUUUAACACAGAUGAAGAUACAAAUAAAGUCCUACGCAAGUAUGGCACUAUGAAUGUCAACAUUCAUACUUUCCAACAAAGCAGGUAUCCAAGAAUCAACAAAGAAUCCCUUCUGCCAAUAGCUAAAACAGCUGUGGUCUCUGGAGACAAUAUAGAAGAUUGGUACCCACCUGGUCAUGGUGAUAUUUAUGAGUCAUUUUCGAACUCUGGCUUGUUGGAUACCUUUAUCAAACAAGGAAAGGAGUAUCUCUUCUUGGCUAACAUUGACAAUCAGGGAGCAACAGUGGACCUACGCAUUUUAACAUUAUUGAUGAAUGAAAAGAAUAGAGAAAUGGUGAUGGAAGUAACAGACAAGACGAGGGCUGAUGUCAAGGGUGGUACUUUAAUCCAAUAUCACAACAAAUUGAGAUUGCUUGAGAUAGCCCAAGUACCAAAAUGGCAUGUUGAUGACUUCAAGUCUGUCUCCAAAUUCAAGAUUUUCAACACCAACAAUCUAUGGAUUAAACUGGAUGCCAUAAAACGAGUAGUUGAAAAUAAAUCCCUAUCAAUGGAGAUCAUUGUCAAUAAUAAGACUCUGGACAAUGGUUUAAAUGUGAUCCAGCUAGAAAGAGCUGUCGGAGCUGCUAUGAAAAACUUUGACAAUCCACUUGGUAUCAAUGUUCCUAGGAGUCGUUUCCUACCUGUUAAGAAGACGCAGGAUCUCUUGCUGAUUAUGUCUAACCUGUACACUCUGAAGUCAGGUACUCUUGGAAUGAGUCCUUUACGACAGUUCCCAAGCACACCUAUCAUUAAGCUAGGCACUCAUUUUGAUAAGGUCCGAGAUUUCUUGAAGAGAUUUGCCAGUAUACCCAACCUCAUUGAAUUAGAUCACCUGACUGUCUCGGGGGAUGUUACAUUUGGUAAAGAUGUAGUUCUUAAAGGUACAGUGAUAAUCAUUGCCAACCAUGGAGAAAGAAUUGACAUCCCACCAGGUGCCAUAUUAGAAAACAAGAUUGUAUCUGGAAAUCUAAGAAUCUUAGAUCAUUGAUUUGAUUGGAAGUCCAAUAGAUGUAUAUCCUGAAAUCUAAUUGAGCUUGUACUACAUUGUUGCAUGAUAUGUAUUGCAAAGACAUUAUUCUAUAUUCAAAAGAUGUGUACAGAAAUAUAUUUUGUAUCAACCAAUUAUUACACAUAAUUUGUGACUUUGCUGUCACAUCAAUUGUGAAAUUGGAGAAACUUGCAAUUUAUUAUUUUUAAGUAAUGGCAUGGCUAGUGUUUAAAGUGUAUACUUAUCUCAUCAUUACAUCAUAGUAAACAAGGAGUGGUAAUAUUUAUCUGGCUUUUAAAGAAAUAUGUGGUUAUUUGAUUUAAUUGUAUGUGACCUGAGAAAUUGCUUUUAUUGAUAUCCAACAAAUAUGAAGUGUUGUUUCUAUUCUUUUAGUUGAAUUGAAGUGAUGUGAAAUAGCUGUGAUUAAAUCAAAGCUGAUGUUCAUUAUGAUUUUAGAUGUGCACACCCCUUGUUGUACACUGUUUGAUGAAGUUACCACUUUGUGAGAAAUGACAUUUGCUCUUUUACUGAAUCAAAACUUCUACUUUUCCUGUUACAAGACUGAAAAAGCUUGUAUUUAAUGUUUAUGUUUAUUGUUGCAUAUAUAUUGUGCCAGGUUUAAAUCCUGCCCGAAUCGAAAUAUGUGACAAUGUGCUUUUCAAACUUUGUGACUAAAUUGUUAAAUCAUUAAUAGUUUUAAAGGUACUUGAAAGGGCAGGGCCGAAGAUGGGGGGGGGAGAGUUUCUUGGGUUCUCCCCCGCCACUUGCCAACAGCAAAAAAAAGGUGACGAGAAAGGAUUAGAAAAGCGAAUGAAACAAGGCACUUAAAAUAUCUCAUUUUUAAAUCAAUUUGCGAGUUUCAUAAUUUUGUUUCAGUGAGAUAUGCAAUCAUGCAUCCUGUUUAUGAUUAUGAAGUGCUGAAUAUAAAAAAAUGUUCAGCUCUCGAUACAUGCUCGCAUUAUUUGAUUAGCAAGAUAUGUAUCCUAUUCCUAUAUUUCAAUUAAUAGUCUUUGAUAUAUCAACUUUUUCAGGUCGUCAGUAUAAGCCUAUCAAUAAUUUUCAGUGCUUUGCAUUCACAUUAUUAAGUUGAAUACCAUCGUGAUUACAAUAGGUGCUUAGAAUAUUCCGUUGUUAGAUCCAAGUCCCUCACCGAAAUUAUGCAGGCGCUUCGAUCUUGCAUCAUUUAUAACAAAAUGCUCUCUUCAUAAUGGUCAUAUGUUGAUUAACUCGAUCUUCACACUCACAUUAAUUGUCUUAUUGAGAUAUAAAGCUUGUUCUUUUUGUAAAAGCAUGCUUAAAAUGUCUAAAUUUGAUAUUAAAAUACCAACAAUUUUCAGCUCACGCUUCAUGCUCGAAUCAUUUCUGUAGAAAGACACCCAUCCUUUCCAUGAUUACAAAAAAUUAAAUGAAAUAUCCCAUCAUUAGGUUUAAACCUAUAAAAGCUUGUGUUUCGCAUUGUUUAUUGGAUAUAUAUCUUGUUCUUUAUUGAAAAAGUCCACUUAGUGUCAUUUUUUUUAUAUCAAGAAUUUCAGCUUGCGCUUUGCGCUCAGAUCAACUGUUCAUACCCAUCCUGAUCACUAGUACAAAAAGUGCUUAGAAUUUGAAGCUUUCAGGUCAGAAUAUCAAAAUCAGUACACCUUGCUCUGCGCGCUUGCAUUACUUAGUUGGUGAGAUAUGUAUCCUCCGCAUGAGUCACUGCAAACAGUCCUAGACAGUUCGCUUUUUAUCUUUUAUUGGUCAGUAUAUUACAGAUUUUAAUUAGUGCUUUUUGCUCGUGUUAAUUGUUUAGAUCUUAGUUACUUAGGUACUCAUCUUAAUCAUUAUUACCAAAAUUACUCUGAGGGUUCAAUUUUCAGAAUACUUUAAAUAAUUCAAGAAUGUGCUUGUCCUUCCAUAAUAUAUUUUAGCGCCCGAUCAGGAAAAAUGUAGAUGAUUUUAUAAUAUAGAAAUGUUCACUAUUUCUAAUUUGGAACCCCCGUAUAGAAAAUCCUGGCUACGCCCCUUAAGGGUAAUGGAAAAUGUAAUGUAAGAAAGGGUGUUCAAUUUAAAAAAUUGUGGCAAUUUUCCAAAAAAAUCUAUUGUAAAUUUCUUUGCUCAAAUGUGAUUUCAUUUGGAAACUGACCCAGUAUAAUCUUCCUAUCUUGUUUUUUAAGUGACUGUUUUAAAAUGACUGAUAUUUAUUCUUGUCUAUGCUAUCAAUAAAGUUUUUUUAGUUAGAUGUGGACCUAGUGCAGAUGAAGCAUAUAACAAGAAUUAGUCGAGGACGAAUCAACUGUAUGUACACAAUCUAUUCCCUCAGACCAAAAAAAAAUUCACCCACCAAGUAAAUCAUUUUAGAUGUUCAAAUAUUGAUUAUGGCAAGAACAUCAAGAUGAUAUGUUGGCUUAUUACUGAUGCCAUUAACUAAUACUUGUUUCUCAGUCCUUGUUUCGUAAAUUGAUUGGUAGUAUCUUUAGAUAAUAAGUGUAUAAUCAGGAUAAUUUAAUAAUCUGUAUUAAUAAUUAUCUAUCCCAGCUGUGUGCAAAUAUUUGUAUAUUUAUCAAUAUUGCAAAAUUUGGGCAUUAACAUUUAACUUUUAUUUUUCUCAAAGAAUAAACAUCAUUACUAAAAGCUACGGGGUUCCCAGCCCAUCAGGAAAAAUUAUUUUAUUUUUCCAGUCAGGGAAAAAUCAGGGAAUUUGAUAAAAAGUACCUCAAAUCAGGGGAAAAUGCUUCAAAAGUCGAAAGCACUGUAGUCAGUCAGACUUUGUUAUAUUAUGUUGCAUAUCGAAACAACAUCUAUUGAUUGACUGGUUAUGGUGGUAUGAAUUUGUUUUACAUUAUUGUUUUUAUACUGAACAUAAAUGUAAUUCACUGCAACAACUUAGAAAACAUGCGAAACUUGGAAUGGGUUUAUUCAUCAGGGAAUUUUUAAACUUCAUUGGGGAAUAGUUAGAGAAUUUUGUUUUCUUGAAAAGCUGGGAACCAUAUACUAACAUUUUUAGUUUUUAUUCUAAAUUUUACUGAAUGAUAUGUAUUUCAUCGAUAUAUAAUCCAUGUGGAGAGACUCUAGCUGUAAUUGGUACAUUGUUCAAUGGUGAGAUAACUCAAUUGUAAAUCUAAUGGGAUAGCAGCAGCUGAUAAGUUAGGAAAAGAUUUUUAAAUAGACAUUUAAAGGCCUUUGUUAUAGGUCAAAUAAUGAUGCAAUGGGGACAUGUAGGGUAGGAUUAAAGAUUUAUCCUACAUGUGUAUGGGGUUUUUUAUGUUAUGUAUUCAGCUAGUGUGAUGAAGUUAUCACUGGUCAAAUCUGUAUGUUCAUAGAAACUCCAAGUUGUACAUUGCCUUUAUAAUAUAUAAAAGUUCUUGCUACAGUGGGGGCAUGUCAUAGACCUGUGUAUUUAAGGUUAAUCUUGUUACUUAUCCAUUUGACUGAACAUUUGAAAAUAAAGUGUGAAUUAUGAUAGCAAUUAAAUCCUGUGGGAAACUUGAUAUAGACAUUGUUAUUUUUUCAUUGGAAACCUAUUUAUUGUAGUAAUAUUGUAGAGAGUUACAGUGGAUAUUUUUUUUUCAUUUUUACAGGUAACAUCUAGUAAAAUAAAAUCUGGGCUAAAAAUGGCUUUGAAUUAAAUGACUAUUUGACUUAUCGAAGGUCAACUAAGAAAGUUUCUUUUGGUUGGUAUAUAUUAUCAGACUACGUGGUUACAAUGUUGCAUUGGAAUUGGUGAAUGACGUUUAAUGAAAUAAAAUGAUGUAUUAAAAGGAUAUAAUACACUGCAUAUUUUAUGUAAAGUCUUCACCAUAGUAAAUAUUUUACUAUUUCCGAUAUUUUGUUUCUAAAUGUUUUUAUAUUUUCAGUUUGCUUAUUUUAAAACAAACUUGACCGAUAAAGUGCAUCUCUAAUGAAAUAAAAGUGUAGCUCAAUUUUA